AGUAGUAGUAGUAGUAGUAGUAGUAGAAGUAGCAAUAGUAGAAGUAGUAGUAGUAGUAGUAGUAGUAGCAGCAGUAGUAGUAGUAGUAACAGUAGUAGUAGUAGUAGUAGUAGUAGUAGUAGUAGUGGUAGUAGUACCAGGAGUAGUAGUAGAAGUAGCAGUAGUAGUAGUAGUAGUAGUAGUGGUAGUAGUACCAGGAGUAGUAGUAGAAGUAGCAGUAGUAGUAGUAGUAGUUAUAGUAGUAGUAGUAGUAGUACCAGUAGUAGUAGUAGUAGUAGUAGUAGUAGUAGUAGUAGUAGUAGUAGUGGUAGUAGUAGUAGUAGCAGAAGUAGUAUUUGCAGUAGAAGUAGCAGUAGUAGUAGUAGUUGUAGCAGCAGAAGUAGUAGUAGUUGUAGUAGUAGUAGUAGUAUUAGUAGUAGCAGUAGUAAUAGUAGCUGUAGUAGUAGUAGUAGUAGUAGUAGUACCAGUAGUAGUAGUAGUAGCAGCAGCAGUAGUAGUAGUAGUAGUAGCAGUAGUAGUAGUAGAAGUAGCAGUAGUAGUAGUAGUAGUAGUAGUAUCAGUAGUAGUAGUAGUUGUAGUAGUAGUAGUAGUAGCAGCAGCAGUAGUAGUUGUAGUAGUAGUCAUAGUAGUAGUAGUAGAAGUAGCAGUAGUUGUAGUAGUACCAGUGGUAGUAGUAGCAGCAGCAAUAGUAGUAGUAGUAGUAGUAGUAGUAGCAGUCUACAGCAGAAGAAGAAAUACGGGCACAUUUUAGACGUAAUUAACGGAGCUGAACAACGAGCCAAGUCGUGUCCGAAACAUUCUGCUAUUGAGUUCACUAUAGCCCACUACACUGAGUUCACUAUAGCCCACUACACUGAGUUCACUAUAGCCCACUACACUGAGUUCACUAUAGCCCACUACACUGAGUUCACUAUAGCCCACUGCACUGAGUUCACUAUAGCCCACUACACUGAGUUCACUAUAGCCCACUACACUGAGUUCACUAUAGCCCACUGCACUGAGUUCACUAUAGCCCACUACACUGAGUUCACUAUAGUCCACUACACUGAGUUCACUAUAGCCCACUACACUGAGUUCACUAUAGCCCACUACACUGAGUUCACUAUAGCCCACUACACUGAGUUCACUAUAGCCCACUGCACUGAGUUCACUAUAGCCCACUACACUGAGUUCACUGUAUAG